ACGUUCAGUUCCCAACCAUCAUCCGAAGAAAUUUCGACAUAAACACGUGUUGGAACACAUAAACAUAUUUACCUAAAGUGAUUUUGUACAGAGAUUUUAUAAUUCUAAUUCUAUAAUGAAUGUUAAUGUUGUACCGUGUACCACGUGGGUGAAACGUGGUGUUGCAGCUCCAAACCCUGAAAAGGUCCAGUUAACGCCUGCGGAAUUGGAAGGAAUCAUCAAGAGGACACAGACACAACUCGAAGAUAUCGACAGUGAUUCAGAAGUGAAUGACCAGAACGAUCACGUUGUAGCCAAUGGUAAUCAGACGACAAAUAGUGCUCCAUCCGGAGAGAACGCAGCGUCGACAGAUGAGUUUAAUUUCGAAAAUUAUGAUGAUGAAGAUGGAAAUAUUCACUGCAGUAUCGGAGGAUUGGCUGUGAUAAAUGCUGAUGGUACAGAUCCUUUUGUGACAGUUGGUGAGGAUGAGGACGUAGAUUCAGAGAAAGAGGAUGAUAUCAUAAAGCCAGAUGACAAUCUUGUUCUUGUUGCACACGUCGAGGGAGAUGCAAGCCUCCUGGAGAUCUUUGUUUAUAAUGAAAAGGAGGGUUCCUUCUAUUGUCACCACGAUCUUCUGUUGCCGGCAUUUCCGUUGUGUAUGGAGUGGCUCAGUUUCGAUCCUUCUGAUGCUAAACCAGCUAAUUUCUGCGCCAUUGGGGACAUGACUCCCAUAAUUCAAGUGUGGGAUUUGGAUUUGAUCGACUGUUUGGAACCGGCAUUUACUCUGGGCUCUAAACCGAAAAAGAAGAAGAAACAAAAACGUGUGGGACAUAAAGACGCUGUCCUGGAUCUAUCCUGGAAUUCUAAUUAUACGCACGUAUUGGCGAGUGGUUCAGUAGAUCAAACUGUGUUGUUGUGGGAUUUGGAAAAUGGUACCCCAGUAACUAAAAUCAAGCACUUCGCCGAGAAAGUUCAAUCUAUUGCAUUUCAUCCGCGUGAAACCCACCAUUUGUUGACUGGCUCUGCAGACAGCACCGCUAAAUUAUUUGACUGCCGUACUGACGAUACGUUUAAAUCCUGGGAGGCAACUGGCGAAGUGGAGCGAGUUCUGUGGAAUCAUUUCGAUCCAAACUAUUUCUUCAUAAGUACGAAUAAUGGUAACAUUGAGUGUGUCGACGUGAGGCAAGGUCAGCACGUUUGGCAGAAAAAAGCUCACGAAAAGGAGAUUACCGGUUUAUCACUGAGUUCAUCCUGUCCUGGAUUACUAGUGACAAGUUCUGACGAUAGUGUAAUUAAGAUAUGGGACGUGUUAGACAUUCAUACGAUGGACCUUGUAUUCGAGAAGAAGACAAACCUGGGAGCCCUCCAGUGUCUCUCCUCGUGCCCAGACAGUCCCUUCGUGUUCGCCUCUGGAGGGGACAAUAAAUCCCACAAUUACAAGGUCUGGGAUCUGAUGGAGAUCACAGCUGUUGCGGAGAGAUUCAAGGGAAGAAGUUUAAUAAAUUCUGAUAGUGUGUCAACGAGCAGUGACAGCCACCAGGGUGAACUGAUGGAGGUCACUGAAGACAUGGAAUGCAUAACUUUGAAAGACAAAAAUAAAGUUAAAUAAAUGAGUCCCGAGAGGAUGAGUCAAUUCAACAAA